AUGGCGGCGGCCGGCUCGAGCGAGCCUGGCGCGGCAGGCGGAAGCAGCGGGGAGCGGCGGAUGCGGGUAUUUUCGUCCUCGCCAGUUACAGUACAAUUCCUAGGUUUGGUCAAUGUCUCUGGAGCUAUGAAUGAUGUUGUGCACAUCCAAAUCCAAGCAAUGCUGUUCCAUCUUACUGAUCUCGUGCAGAAUCUCCGUUUAGCUCAUUGCUACAUCUCCAUUCUGCUCGUCGGGCCUCGUCAAGGUUAUGUGCAGUGUGUCUGUGCCAUUAAAGAAUUUAAUAUUUCUUUGAACUUCUGGCCUAGAGAUUUAUUUCAUUUGGUCAAACUGGUUCCGAACUUCUGA